AUGGGCGCGCCGCCGCCCACGCACCCGACACCCGCGGCGCCCGUCGCGUGCGCGCUCCGCGGCGCGGGGAAGCGGCAGCCGGUGCCGAGCGCAAAGGCACUCGCGGCGGCGGGCGUCCUGGGCACGAGCCCGAGCGACAGCCACCUGUCCGCGAGCUGCCCCGGCCUGCAGGCGUUCCCCAUCGGCUCCUGGGGGGCCCCCGGCAGCGUGCCCGGCUUUGGCGGGCUCAACGCGUCGCCGUCGCCAUCGCCGUCGUCGCACCUGCUUGGCAGCAGCCCCGGCGUCAAGAGCCACAUGCGGCCCCGCAGCAAGCUCAGCAGCAGCGUGGGCGCGGCCGAGCGGCUCAAGCUCAGCGCGGGCGGCGGCGCCGGCGGGCUCUCCAAGAACGGGGCCUGCAAGUUUCGCGGCGUGCGGCAGCGGCCGUGGGGCAAGUUUGCGGCGGAGAUCCGGGACCCGCGGUGCGGCAGCCGGCUGUGGCUUGGGACGUUUGACACCGCUGAGGAGGCGGCGCGCGCAUACGACCGCGCGGCGCUCGAGAUACGCGGCGACAAGGCGGUGGGUGGCAGGGGGCGCACGGUUACGCGGGGCCGCAUGAACCACGCCAAGGGGCUGGCGGUGGCGGCUGGGCACGCAGCCGCAGCGACGGCCCGGGCGGUCGGUGCGGCUGCCCCUGACUGCUGCCACUCCGGUGCUGGCCCACGCGACUCGGCUUGCAGCUGCGCCACUCGGGGCUCCCCAGCCCCAUCACCGCUCCGCUCCCUCCAAGCCUCCCCCUUGCCUGCCUGA